AUGAACUUACUCGUUGCGCUGCUCAUGCAGUACAUCGCCAGACGCACGCGCAUUCAAGCUGCUGGUCCGUGGAACGAACAGAAGCCGGAGGAGAGAUACUCGGCGGUGGCAGCGUUCCUCCGGGACUUCGCCGGUAUUCAGUCCGUGUACAACAUAGCCAAAGGCUGGCUAACACACGAUGCAUACAGGUGCGUGUCGACCAGCCUCUGCCUGCUCACAAUAGCUCACUGGUUUCUCAGAGAGUGGACAUACGCACAGCUCCUAUCCUCUCUGACGGCCGAUCUGACCAAUGCUAUCGUUGCUGUACGGAGCACGAGAGACCUUUCCUUGGUUUACAGCCGCCUCUUCUCCAUGCUGGCAUGGCAAAUUGCCACAGCGCCCCUGUUUCUCAUCUUGGAUCCGAUGAUCCAAGCGUGGUUUGCAUCGUCGCUUCAGAGCUACAUCACCAACUCGAUGCUCCAGUCCUACAUCUCAGGCGGAGGCCAGGCAUACUACAAGCUGAAGAUGGAUGACGAGAAGCGGGACCUCGACAACCCGGAUCAGCGCAUCAGCGAGUCUGCAGAGCAGUUUGCUUUCCUCAUGUACGUGCUCUUCUCCGGAUUCCUCUCUGCGGUGUUCGGAAUGCUGGCAUGGGCGGGAGUUAUGAUCCAGCUGGGCGGCUAUGCCCUCCUGGCGACCUGUAUGGGCAUGGCAUCUCUACGGCUGAUGCUCUCCAUCAGUCUCUUCGGAAAUGCCUUGGUGGAUGCCUUCAAGGAUCAGCUUGAGACAGGUGCCACCUUCCGCUAUUCUCUGGCCCGUCUGCGCGAACAUGCAGAACCUGUGGCUCUUGCACACGGAGAUCAGGUGGCCAUCGUGCAUUGUUACGCACCAUUUCAAUUCCCACGUCGAUGCCGGGCAUUCAGAUACAAUGCGUUCAUCAGCAUGCUGUUUUCGACGACGCUCGGUAUCGUUGACUUCUUUCCUGUCGUCAUCCUUUGGCUGUACCAGGUUCCGCAGAUCGAAGCAGGAGCCCUGAACUUCGGGGAUGCCCUGCGGUGCCAGACUGGAUACAUGCAGGUGGCCAAGGUGAUGGACUUCCUGGCAAAUUCCUACGCCAAGCUGAAGCAGCUGCAGGCGAAUGGGGAGCGGCUGUGGCAGCUCUGGGAAGCCGCUGACGAGGUCAACGAGGAGCCGCCCGCCGACUCAGUCAUCGACUUCGCGGCCUGCGACACCGACGUGGCUUUUGCCUUUACCUCACUCUUCGUCUUCACACCCGGUGGUACCACAGCUGUGGGUGGAGUCAGCCUUGCUUGCGAAGCUGGGAAAGGCCUGCUGAUCACCGGAGGAUCAGGCAUCGGAAAGUCAUCGAUCCUCCGGGCGUUGGUGGGUCUGUGGUCGGCAGGGGAGGGAGUCGUCGAGAAAUCCCCUGGGGCUGAAGUGAUCUUCCUGCCCCAGAAUUCCUACUUCCCCGUCGGGACCCUGCUGGAGGCCGUGAUCUAUCCUGCUCAGCUCACAUCCUUUGGAUGGGCAGAGAGGCCGUCGUGGGGGACCGGUAAGAGUCGAGGCAAUCGAGGGCGGCCCAUCAUCACAGCUUCCAGGGAAACCUAUGCGAGGAUGGUAUGCAUCGUCUUCCCUCGCGUCGCACGGAGCUUCGGGAAUGAACUCUACGGGGCCGGACAGAAGGAUGGCCCAAUGCUUGCCCCGUCACAGUCACGCCUUCGCUUCAAUGAGCUCAAGCGCCAGUCUGCACUGAGCUUGGGCGAAGUUCAGCAAGCCUCUGCAUUGUGCGGUGACUUUCCGAGCACUGGCGUCAUCGCUGUGCUGGACGAGAGCACCAGCGCCGUUGAAGUGAGCAUGGAAGAGCAGCUUUACAAGGUCCGGUCCUAG